AUUUGGAGUGUGCACCAAUAUUCCGUCUCUAAAUAGAGUUGAGCUUGUAUCCAGAAUUCAUUGGUUAUGGCUUGAAUACAGUUUAUAUUUACUUAGGAUGGCACUAUUUUAGAAUGGCUUGGGAGAGUAAAGAUCCAUUGAACUAUUUUGCCGUGUAUGACAGCAGCUCAGAUUCAGAGAAGAGUGACUCUGAAGAAGUUUUGCAAAAGAAAGUAAACAACAAAGAGGUCCCUAUUGAUAAUGUUAAAUCAUCGGUGACAUUCCCCGCGGCCUUACCAAAGCCGGAUGAACUUUUUAAAAAGAUAUCAAAACCUGCAUUUUUGUACAAUCCUUUGAACAAAGAGAUCGACUGGGACAAACGUGUAAUUAAAGGACCGGAAGAGGCUCCGAAGGAAUUUAAAGUAUGGAAGACCAAUGCAGUACCACCUCCUGAGAGUUAUGUUGCUCAGGAGGAAAAGAAAGCUCCCCCACCUGGGAUGGAUAUGGCAGUCAAGUGGUCUAAUGUCUACAUGGAUAACGGAGAUGAUGCCCCCCAACAUGUGAUCAAAGCACGCUUCCUUCCAGAAGAGGAAGAUAUUGUGCAAUCAGACAGUGACAGUGAUGAACCAUCAUCAGCAAAAAAAUGCAAAAUCGAUCCAGUGCAGCAGAAAAAUAAAUGAUGUGUACACACAGAUCUGUCAAAGUUUAACAUUGUUGUAGUAGAAAUGGACCCUGCCGAUUGCAAUAUCCUGCUGAACUUCAAACAUUUACAUAAAAGAAAAGUGAAAUGGGACAUUUGAGAACUGUGUUUAGAGAUAACACAGUAUACUUACUGAAAUAUGGAGAAAAGCCUGUUUUGUCUUCAGAGUACCAGUCUUUUGGAAGUUGCUUUUAAAUACGUUUCCCCAUUUUAAAAAAUAUUUUUCUUUGGAGCUGUUUCCACUUAUCUAAAAUACCAUUUUCAUUAGGUUGUUCAAGCAAUAUCUUUACUUGUGGCAUUUCUGCAAAUGACUGGUUAGUGGUUCUUUCUAGAGGCGGUUUCUGUAUGUAAGAGCCAUCUUAGGAACUGUACAUCAUGGAUUUUUCGUACUGUUACUGCUGUAUAGUGCUGUGUGUUUUUAAUUUUUUUUUAUUUAAAUAUUAGUAAACCUACGGAUUUAUAAUGUCAUUCCCAGUAGGCUUUCUCCAGCCCAGAUGCCUGUAGCUGGUUCACAGAGAUGCUGUGUUGCGUAGUUAUCUCCGUCAGCUUUAUAACACUAUGGGUUAGCCAGUCUUCCAUAGCAGGGCUUUAACAGCACAGGUUUUAAAUCACUUCUGCUGCUGAAGCUAUCAUUUGGUGAGUUUGUUGAAAUUUCACCUUAUGUGUGAUGCCGUAACCUGCUGAAUGCAAUAGUGUGUGAUUGUUGAUGCAGCGUUGUAUUCUACUUGACGAGCAAUAAUGGCAUUUCUGUAAUGAGGAUGUAACCUAUCAUGACAUGUUGCAUACUGAAAUUUUCUUGUUUUUAUUCACAUCUGCCAUUAAUCUCUUGUGUCAUUGUUUUGCAGUAGGCUGUAGUGCCUUCCUUGUGAGAGGAAAAAAAGAGGGUGGGUGAGACUUUGCUUCUUCACUCAUGGUAGAGACCCAUAUCACUGCAUCGAUGUGUAGCAGUAUUGCUUCUCUUUUUCUGACAGGCUACCCCCAUGAUGAUCCAAUUUCCAGCAGAAUUCAGUGGCCAGAGCCUUUGUAAAGUAUGUACCCAUCUUGUCACACUGUAGUGGUUAGUAGACUAUUGCUAUCACAUUUUUUUUGUAAUUUUCUGUGUUGUGCUUCAUUAGUGUACAAUGUGAUACUUUGCACAACAGUAAACUGUGAAAAAGCACCACAACCAGGCAAAAGCACGAACAAUAAGAUGAGUCCACACGCUUGAAGCACUAGAAAGCACGAGCAGUUUAAUAAAUACACACUAACGCACGUUGUAAAAUAGAACGUUUUCAUCUUCAACUUCAUCAGAAAAUGAACUAUAAUCACCAUAUCAUAUAUAUACACAUCCACAUUUAAAACCAUUUAAAAACCACCAAUCACAGUGAGAGAACCAUUUAAAUUGAUUAAUACACACAUUAAAAAUAUACCACCUUAAAUAUUAAAAAAAAACAUCAAUAAUGUCAUAUAUAAAUAUUGUAAAACUUCCACAACCCUAAAAUCUCUAAAAAAGUAAAUAUCAAAUAAGAAAUAGUAAUUAAUGUAAUGUAUUUGAAACCUAGCAGAAUGAAAAAUAAAAUUAUAUCCCCCUCCAGUGGUGAACCUUAAAAUAACAUUAAAAUACAAUUUAAAUACUGAAUAAAUAUUCAGCACAUAACUUCUUAAAACUAAAUUGAUGUUGUUUAUCACAAACUAAAAACUUGUCCAUUCUAUUUGUACAGGUACUUAAACAAAAAAAUAAUCCCCUUUAGAGCUUAGCAGAUCUUAAUUUAAGUACCGGUGCUAGGGAUAGCAUUUCAUUAAGCCCUGUGUUUUUACCUGAAUCCAACACUAGCUGCCAGUAUAACUCUCUGUAUUCGACUUGUGUUUCCCACAUACCACCCCUAGGAUUCAUUGUAGCAACCUCAAGUAUAAAAAAUUGAAAACCAAGGGUUUUACAUUUGGUAGUAUGCUUGUAUAAUGCAUUCCUUUCAUUCUUUGUUUUGAUUUCAUAUAAGUGUUCGUAUAUUCUCUGCUUCAGUUUUCUUUCACUUUUUUUCCUAUAUAAAAAGAUUCACAUUCUUUACAUGUUGCAAUAUAUAUAAUACUUUUCAUAUUACAAUUAGCAUAGGUGUUUAAUGUUAAUUUCUUUCUCCUAGCCUGCAAAUAUAUAUGGUCUCCAAAUGAUAGAAAUGAACAAUAACUACAACUACCACACUUGUAUAAGCCUUUCUUUUCCUUUUUGCUAUUUUGUGUACUGCCCCUAUUUAAACCCUUCUCUAAUAUAUUCUUAAUGGUGUUACCUUUACGAUAUGUAUAUGUCAAUUCAUUAUCAAAAAUAUAUCUUAGGUCAGAUAUUUUGGAAAAAUUAUACUUUGCACAACACUGUGAGUUUAUUAUAUUAACAAUAGAGAAAAGUUUGGCAGAUAUUUGACAAACCAUUUAAAUAGAGAAUUCAGAAAUGGGGUACAUUUCCUACAUUUUUUCCACAAUUUAAAAUUUGAGGUGCAGUGGUGCACCAGUUUGAAGUAAAUUCUUUUGCUGUUCAUAGGUCUUGGUGUAAAUAUAUAAGGAGAUUAUUACUUUGUGAAGAAUGCCCAUUAGCAAAGAAACAGCUUUUACAGAUAAGUUAAAAAGGAGUAUUUCAGGUAAGGCGUAUUGUCAUUGAUGACAGUAUUACAUUUUGACAACUGAGUUUGCUGGAUUUUGACAGCCAUUUUAAUAAAACGUGAUCUGUAAUAAUG